GCAAUCACUGUGGACGUGACGUGAAACUUGCGCGCCGAUGAGGGAUUGAUCAGCAGCGCAGCGUGAGCAUGGCAACGGCGGAGGGAGUAAAGAAACCUGUGUUGGAAGUGAUGCAGGCAGAAGGAUGUGAUGACUCCAGUGUCACAUUCAUAUUGCACGAUGAGGACCACACUCUUGGGAAUUCCCUACGGUACAUGAUUAUGAAGAACCCAGAGAUAGAAUUUUGUGGCUACAGCAUCACUCAUCCAUCAGAAAGCAAAAUUAACUUUAGAAUCCAAACAAGAGGGGGAAUUCCAUCUGUAGAACCUUUUCGUAGGGGUCUCAAUGAACUCAUGACUGUCUGUCAGCAUGUAUUGAAUACAUUUGAGGACAGUAUAACAGAAUAUAAAGAGCAGCAUAAACAAGAAGCAAUGGAUCAGUUUUGAAACAGCAUACAUAGCACUGUACAUUAAUACAUUUUGAAAAAUAAACAUUAAAAUAAUUGAAAUGAGAUAUUUCGAUAGCUUAUUGAAUCUCAACGCUGCCAUUUGGAUGUAACUGAAUCUCUGAACAUUGAGUAAGUAUUUAGAUUUUUCCCAUUGUUUAGCUCAGCGCUGAGUUUUUACUAGGUAUUAUUGGUAAACUGCAUAUUCCAUUCAAGAUCGAUUUAUUGAUGCUUGAAGCUAUUAAUUUUCUAUUGCAAGCUGUUUUUAUUAGUACUCGGUGCCUUCUUGAUCAGUGAGUAAUGUACACUGGGAAAAGAAAGGACAUGAAUAUUAUGUACCUGGAUUUACCAGGCAGUCCAUUGAUGGUUUAGUAAUGGGACAUACAUCUGAAAACUAGAGGCAUGUAAUUAGAAAAUCUUAGGAAUAAGACACUGAAGUGAAAAUAGUCGUGGUUUGAUCAAAGCAAUUUUUGGGAUGUUUAAAUGCACUCUCUUGAUGUUUUGUGUAUAGUAUUAUAAUGCAGAGUGCAUAAUUAAUUCUGUAGUUUCAAACAAGUGCCAUAAUGUGGUUAAAAUGAAUGAAUGAAUUGUAAUUGUUUUUCUCUUUUACCUGUCCUUGGUGCCACUGUAUGUUCUUAUGUUUUAGCUAUAAAAGUUGGCUUGGCAUUUAAAAACAUCUUAUGUCAAGCUUUUCUUGGUUUGAAAUUUAA